AUGACCGACGCCGCCACCCGCUCGGCGACCGGCCCAUGCCCCGCAUGCGGAACGCGUACCGUCUUCUGUCGGCUCUCGUCGUCUGAUCCGCCGGCAUCUCGCCCGCCGUCAGUUGCCGAGCUCUUUGCGCCGCCGCUCCCGCUGCUCGAGCAGGCUGUGACCAACUUCAAGUUCCAGCUUCGGCAGGCUCUCGUCCUUGCCUCGCGCUACGCCGACCACGCCGCCGUCGCGCAGCGGGCGCAUCGCGCGGCAUCACGUGCCACCUCGCUCAUCGACAAGUACAAAGAGAAGAAUGCGGCGCUCGAGGCUGCCGCCCGCACCGCUACCAGCCGCAUCGCCGCGCUCGAGGCUGAGCUUGGUGUGCCGGCCUCGCGCGCGUCGUCGCGUCGUCGUCACCACGAGCCCCAGCAGGAGCGGACCCACCUCCCGUCGCGGGUCUCACACCCUCGCUCGCAUCUCCGCGACUUUGACUUUACGGAUCGGGCACAGUAG